GAAAAAAAAAGAAGAGAGAAAUCAAAUAACUAGUCAAAAGUACUCUCCCUGCUUCAUUAUCUUCUUUCUCUUUCUUUCUUCUUCUUCUUCUUCUUACUUUACAUGGCCAUUAACAAACAAAAAUUUCAAUGACAAGAGACAAAUUUACAUGCUUAAUGGCCAGAGUUCAAUUGAUAUUGUCGGAUCUCAUCAUUUCCUUCAUGUGGGUAUGGUCAUGUGGUCUCACCAAGAUCCUUCUGUACAAUUAUCUGGCGUUAGGGCAACCCAUACGAGAAAUCAUGGAGGGCUCUCUGUACGUUUUGAGUAUAUUCUUUUUCUCGUGGCUGGGGAAUAAUUGCAGUGGUGGAUCUUACAAUCCUUUCUCAGUUUCAGUCCUGUCUGAUGCAAUUUCUGGGGACAACGCAAGGUAUUGGUUUGCGGUUGGAGUAAGAGUUCCCACCCAGGCAAUAGGAUCUACUAUUGCAGUUAAACUUAUCAUUUGGGCCUUUCCUGAAAUAGACCAUGAUGCCAUCCUGAAUGUUGACAUUUUUCGAGGUGCAUUGGUUGAAGGAGCUCUCACAUACUUGAUUGUGGUCAUCUCCCUUGAGGCUUCAGAAAACCACAACAACAAUUUCUUUCUAGAGACAUGGAUAUCAAGUGUUUGUGAACUAGCUCUUCAUAUACUAGGUACUGAUCUAACUGGUGGAUGCAUGAACUCUGCCUAUGCCAUGGGAUGGGCUUAUGCUCGAUCUGAUCAUAUCACAAUGAAUCAUAUAUUUGUUUAUUGGCUUGCCCCAAUCAAGGCAACUUUCUUAGGGGUAUGGACUUUUAGGUUGUUCAUUCGGCCCAAGGAACUAGACAGGAAGGUCAAAAUAGAAUGAUGAAAAUCUAUGUAUAGGAUCCAAGUUAUUUUCUUGGGCCUGCUAAAUUUGUAAUCACUCUCAAGUCUCAAAAUUUAUUGACAUUUCAUUGUUUUUUUUUUUCUUUUGAAGUGCAAUAGUAGC